CUGAGAAAAUCAGCAACACUAAUGAAAAUAGGGACCAAAAUGGUUGUUUUUUGGUAGACGAAAAAAAACAGUGCAGUUAAAUUGAAAGAAGACUAAAAAGAAAAGGAAAUGAAGUUAUUUUAGUCUUUCAAUCAAGUAGGUAGAGUGCAUCGCCAUGUCAAUUUUCAUUAGCCGCUGAAAACAAAGUCACAAUCUUUCACUCACUGAAGACUCAUUCACAGUGUCACACAUGGAUCUGGGUUUUCUCAUUCACGCUCUAAUUCCAUCUUCGAACUCUGUCGCAUUACUCGCUGGAUUUUUCACUUACUUGGCCAUUGUUGGAUCCAUUCUCCCUGGAAAACUUGUUCCUGGUGUUGUUCUUCCUGAUGGAACUCGUCUUCACUAUCGAUGCAAUGGUCUAGUUUCGCUUAUUCUGUUGGUUGGACUUCUUUGGAUCAGUGCUAAGAUGGAAUUUGUAUCUCUAACUGCUAUAGCAGAUAGAGGACUUGAGUUGCUGUCUACAACUUUUAUCUUCAGUUUUCUUGUGACCUUGGUACUCUAUUUUUCCGGUUGCAAGUCACAGAGUAAAGGUUCAUCGCUAAAACCUCAUAUCAGUGGAAACCUGAUACACGAUUGGUGGUUUGGAAUACAAUUAAAUCCUCAAUUCAUGAGUAUUGACCUCAAAUUUUUCUUUGUUAGAGCUGGAAUGAUGGGGUGGCUACUCAUCAAUCUUUCAGUUCUUGCUAAGAGCAUUCAAGAUGGUACUUUGAGCAAGUCAAUGAUUCUCUUCCAGCUAUUCUGUGCGCUAUACAUCCUGGACUACUUUGUACACGAAGAGUACAUGACAUCCACAUGGGAUAUAAUUGCAGAGAGACUAGGAUUCAUGUUGGUCUUUGGAGAUUUAGUGUGGAUUCCUUUUACUUUUAGCAUUCAGGGCUGGUGGCUCUUGAGGAACAAGGUGGAGUUAACAACGGCUUCUAUUGUAGCUAAUUGCUUUGUCUUCCUUAUUGGAUACAAGGUAUUUCGAGGAGCAAACAAGCAAAAACAUGAUUUCAAGAAGAAUCCAAAGGCUCCUAUAUGGGGCAAGUCUCCAAAAGUCAUUGGAGGCAAGCUACUUGCUUCUGGUUAUUGGGGUGUUGCUAGACACUGUAAUUACCUAGGGGACUUGCUGCUUGCUCUCUCUUUCAGCUUACCUUGUGGCAUAAGUUCACCAGUUCCAUACUUCUAUCCAAUUUAUCUUCUCAUUCUGUUAAUCUGGAGAGAGAGAAGGGACGAAGCUCGUUGCGCAGAGAAGUACAAAGAGAUAUGGAUAGAGUAUAGGAAACUCGUUCCAUGGAGAAUAUUGCCUUAUGUUUAUUAGAGGGAGAAAAAGGCUUCACCAUUAAUCUCUUAUCUUGAUUUUUUAGUGUUUGUACUAGGUAGUUUCUUGCUUACCACAUUUGCUUUUCGGUUACAAUAGCAUAUUCCUUUACCAGCUUGUUUAUUUGAUAGAUAACCUUGGUUAGUUAUUGAGUUAGUUAACAAUUGGUUCUUUAUGGCAUAUACUGUGACUGCAGAGAGAAAUAAUUUAGAGGUUUGGUCUA